AUGGAGGAAGGACGCAAAACUUCCCUGGGAGCGAGUGUCCGCUGCACUGGCUUCGGCCCCGGGGGAGGCCGUGCAGUGGCCCCGGGCUGGGACAGUCACCGGGCUCCCGAAAGCCGAGUCCGGAGGCUCACGUCGGCCCGGGGGGAAGUAGAGGGGAAGGUAGCCGGGCCAGGGCAGGGGGAGCUGCGGCGGGACCGCGAUGGCGGGGAUCGUCAGCUAGAGGCUGGCACCUGCGUCGGGGCCCGCAGCGGAAGCUCGGGACACCCGGAGUGGCCGGUGGGGGAGGGGCUGCCUUCUCUGCCCACCACCGCUCCUCGCUUCUGGAAGCCCCUGGAUUGUUCCCUUCCGGGGCACGCUUGCGCUCGCUCGUGCAGCCCCCGCGAUGCUCGGGCUCCGGCUCAGGGCCGAGGGCAGCAGGGGUUGUGGGAGACCCCGGGGGAGGGGCCGCACCUGCGGGGCCCAGCAGCUUUGCGGUUGCAGCCCGGGGAUCGUCCUGAGCUGCGCCCGGAAUCACGUGCGAGCACGGAAGCUUCCAGCACCGCCGGCCCAGAAGGCCUGGGGGCUCAGCCACAGCCCUGGGAGGUGGUAUCCUUCGGGUGUCGCAGAGGAAGGAAGCGGAGGCCGCAGGAGGAGGCCACGCAGCUCCCGCCACGGUUUGUUUGUGAGGCUCCUGCACAGCCUGUGUUCCUCGAGAGUCAUUUGCAGCAGGAGAGGCACCGCCUUGCAGAGUGGGGAGGACCUCGCUGCUCCAAGGGGGUGGAAUUGGGAACCUCCUUCCCACCUUCCUUCGAUUUUCGAUUCUCCUUCCCUCCCUCCCUCCCUCCCUCCCUCCCUCCCUCCUUCCUGGCCUGCUCUGCCAUGGGGGUGCAUGGGGGUGUCUGGAACUUAGCGUGCGUUUGAGACUCUGCCUCGCUAAAUCUGGGCUUGGCUCAGCGAGAUGGAGUUUAACAAGCAGCCACCAUCAUUCGAAUGCGGGAGAUCCAAAGACUGCACUUUGGGGGUUUGGGGGUUUUUUAAAAAAUGUAUUUAUUCAAUUUUAGAGAGAGCAAGCAGGGGGAG